AUGCUAAUAGCACAAGAUCCAAAGUACAGAAGAUGGUUCAAAUUUGAUCAUGUGUGGUCCAUUCUUAAAGAUUGUGAGAAAUUUACAAAUGACAACACCAAUUCACCAGCUAGAUUCCAACAACAUGGUCGUAGUUUCAAUUCCCCACAAUCUUGUUCUUCUGGCUUCGAAUCACUGACAUCGACACCCACCGGUAUGAGUACAUUUGAUCUUAAUAUGAAUGAUGAGGAAGUUCCUAUUAAUAUAUCUGAAAGACCUAUCGGUGUGAAAAAAGAAAAAGGAAAACAAAAAAGUGAUGAACAAUUUAAGAAAUUAAUGGAUCAAAGUCAAAAACUUGUUAACGUUAUAGAAAAUGGUACCUUUGAAAGAAAUGAACUUCUGAGACAAAAGGUUGAUGUGGCUAGAAUGAGAGAAGAGAAUAAAAUUUUAUUUACGGAUUUGAAUUCUAUAUCCGAUCUAGAGUUUCGCCAAUUUAUUCAAAGCGAAAAGAGAAAAAUUUACAUAUCAACAGCACAAAUAUCCGAACAUGGAGAAUGA